AUGUGUCCCGGUUCUGGAUAUGAUCCGAUUACGAAGAACUGGAACAAAGAUAUAGAUUGCUGCAACUGGGACGGUGUCGAAUGCGACCACUCCACAGGUGACAUAAUAGGUCUUGAUCUUAGCUGUGGCAUGCUACAAGGUAUCAUACACCCUAACACUACCCUUUUUAAUCUUCCUCGCCUCCAAACACUUAACAUAGCGCACAAUGCUUUUGUUGCUUCCCAAUUUCCAAGUGAAAUCCCGAGGUUUUCUCAUAGUCUAACACAUCUCAACAUCUCUGAUUGUAUAUUUACGGGCCAGAUGCCGUCAGAGAUCUCAUUUCUCUCUAAACUGGUUUCCAUUGAUCUCUCUAACAAUUUGCCUGGUUUCCAAAUUCAACCUAAUGCUUUCAAUAAUCUACUACAAAACUGUAGUCGUUUGAGAGAGCUCGUGAUGUGGUAUGUUAAUAUCUCUUUGGUUUUACCGGCUUACCUUAAUAUAUCUUCUUCUCUAGAAUCACUCGAUCUUAGUACAACGGGUUUACUAGGGAAAUUACCUGAUAACAUCUUUAAUCUUCCACGUUUGGAAAAACUUGACUUGUCAAAUAACUAUAACCUCACUGGUCAAUUACCCAUAAUGACGAGCACCGACAACAACCCUCUCAAGUGGUUAGAUCUGUCGUCCACAGGAUUGUCAGGAGAGAUCUUCAAUUCAACUCGUCAUCUCAAGUCUAUAAAUUACUUGGCUUUGUCUAACUUUUCCUUGGUGGGAUCCCUUCCGGAAUCCCUAGCAAACCUAACACACCUUAUUACGAUAGAUUUAAGUUAUAACAUGCUUAGCGGAACCUUGCCUUCAUGGUUGUUUACCUUUCCCUCACUAGAAAACAUUCACCUUCAUUACAACAUGUUUACUGGAGGCUUGCCAUCAAAUUGGCUCUACCUUCAAUCAUUACGGACAUUAACCCUUAGUGGAAAUCAGUUUGAUGGCGAGGUUAAUCAAGGCUCCACUAUACCACCAUCCUUUACCCAACUCAUCAACCUCUCUGUCCUUGACCUUUCAUAUAACAAGUUCAUAGGUAUAUGGGAUUUGGAUACGUUGUUUUUAAGCAUACCAAACCUUAGAUAUCUCGAUCUCUCGUACAGUGGCUUAUCUGUAAUGUCCAAUAAUUCUAAUUGGUACGCGAACCCUGCUUUUACCCACUUAGGUUUGGCAUCUUGCAACCUUACAAUAUUUCCAAAGUCCUUACGAGCCAUGAUAAAUGUUGCAUAUCUAGAUUUAUCUAAUAACGAGAUCCAUGGCGACGUUCCUGAUUGGGCAGGAGAGAUAGGAGGAAAUGCACUGUCUCAUUUAAAUCUUUCACAUAACUCCAUAACAAGCUUACCCCAAUUUCAGUGGAAUCGAUUAGAAGAUCUAUACCUACAGUCCAACAUGAUUCAAGGAACAUUCCCUCUAUCAGUUUGCAACAUGAGUCAUUUACAUUGCUUAGAUAUGUCGAAUAAUAGCAUUGGUGGAAGUAUUCCGCACUGUUUGAGAGAUAUCAGCAGUCUUCAGGUCAUAGAUCUAAGGACCAAUCAUUUUCAUGGCACCAUUCCCAGUUUUUGUGAGAAUCACAAUGUUAUAGGUGGGCUAUUCUUGAAUGGAAAUCGAUUACAAGGAGCGCUUCCCACUUCUUUGUCCAGCUGUGAAUCGUUGGAAAUACUUGAUGUUGGAAACAACCACCUAAAUGGCACAUUCCCCGGUUGGUUAGGAGGUCUUGUGAACCUCCAGGUUCUUAUAUUGAAAUCAAAUAAUUUUCAUGGUCGCAUUGAAAUCCCUUCGAAAGUUAAACUUCCUUUUCCAAGUCUAAUAGUCUUUGACUUAUCUCACAACACGUUUGAAGGUCAUCUCCCCGAUAUUUAUUUUCAGAAUUUUAAUUCCAUGAAAGAUGUUCCAAAAGAGAAAACAUAUCCGGAAUACUUGAGCUUCUAUGGAUUAUAUUUUUACACUAUCAUUGUUACAGUGAAAGGUUAUGAUCUCCAAUUUACAAAAAUUUUGGAUGACUACAUGAUUGUUGAUCUAUCCAAUAACAAAUUUACAGGAGAUAUUCCGAACGUUAUUGGUACUCUUAAGUCACUGAUAACACUCAACUUAUCUCACAACAGCCUCAACGGUCGAAUUCCGUAUUCUCUUGGAAAUCUUUCGGAGAUGGAAUCAUUAGACCUAUCUUGGAACCAACUCACUGGAGAGAUCCCUCAAAGUCUUGCAGGAAUAACUGCUCUUUCAGUUUUAAACCUUUCACAAAACCAUCUUGUGGGACGUAUUCCAGAAGGAACACAGUUCGGGUCGUUUGAAAACUCAUUUGGAGGGAAUUCGGGACUUUGUGGCCAUCCAUUGCCCAAAAUGUGCGACCCGCAUCCACGUGAACCACUCGUUGAAGUUGAUAGUGAUGAGGAGGAGAGUGGCUUUACAUGGAGGUCGGUGAUGAUAGGAUACGCAUGUGGAACCCUAUUCGGAUUGCUAGCAGGAUUUCUGAUGUUAUCAUUCGGAAGACCAAAGUGGUUCACUGAAAUUUCUGAUGCAGCAGAGCAUAUGAUCUUGAAGAGGCGUAGCAAACAAAGAUACAUUUAUAUAGGAAGAUGAAAUUUGCUGACGAAUGGUAAACAAGUUUGUCAUGUGGAUGGACUUUUUGAAUUAUGAAGUUUUAGAGAACAUACUGAAUUGAUAUUAUUAUUUUCUUUUGAAUUAUGAAGUUGUAGAGAUCCUACUGAAUUAAAAUAAUUUCAUGUAAGUAGACCUUUUGAAUUAUGAAGUUGCAGGGGAAAAUUAUUCUGAAAA